GAGAAGAAGGUGAGGAAGGAAAAGGAGGAGAUCAUCAUCCCUCUCGAGGACCUAUCACCAAUCGCGCAGCCUCUUGCGCAGAAGAAGAUCCUCAAGAAGCUGCAUAAGACCAUUAAAAAGGCCUCGAAGCAGCGACAGGUUAAAAGGGGGGUCAAGGAGGUUGUGAAGGCCAUUCGUAAGGGUGAGAAGGGGCUGCUCAUUCUCGCCGCGGACAUCACCCCUAUCGAUAUCAUCUCACAUCUUCCUGUCAUGGCUGAGGAUGCGAACAUCCCCUACGUGUUCGUACCCUCCAAAGAAGAACUUGGGCACGCGAGCGCAACGAAGCGGCCAACAAGCUGCGUGAUGGUUUGUCCGGACCAAAAAAAGAAAUCCAAGUCAAAAGAGGGCGCGACAGAGGACAAAGACGACGACUACCGGGAGACAUAUAACGAGUGCUGUAAAGAGAUACAACAGCUGGACCAAAAGCUGAUAUUCUGA